AUGUCUGGAACAAUGUGUGAAGCAAUGGCACAAGCAGUCGAAAAAUCAAAAUUUAUUUUAAUAUCUAUGUCUGAAACAUAUAAACAAAGUGUUCCAUGUAAGAAUGAAGCUGUUUAUGCCUGGGACAGAAGAAAAACAAUAAUACCAUUGAAAAUGAAAAAAGUUGAUUGGGAUGACUGGCUUGGAUUUUAUUGCAGCUGGUAAGUUAUAUAUUGAUUUUAGCAAACAAGAUUUUGAUAAAGCAUUAAAAUUUCUCUUUUUAUUAAAUAUCGUAUUUAUUCAUGAAUUUCCAUUUUUGGAUUCGAACAGUCCCAUCGAAAUUCAGAAGAAACACUGAACACAUGUUUUUACUUCUGUAGCGGAGCUGAAGCGGCUGUUUCUUUCAGCGCUCCGUCAAUUGCUCCAUUUUUCUACUCGUUGUUCUGUAAACGGUAAUAGAUCAAUCAGGUAGAAGCAAGCGCGUCACCGACUAUUCAUUCGUCGCAGUCGAUAUGUCACUGUCUCAUCCAAAAUUUCCAGAAUCGCAACAAUAAGAAGUGUGUAGUCAGGACUGAAAGGAUUUGAGGAGAGUUCGUGAAUUCGUAAGUGUAAUGCUUCAAUUCGGUCAGUACAAUUGUUCCUUAAUUUCUUCCUCUAUCAUAUCGUAUAUCUCUCUAUUUAUUAUUCGGGCUUUCAGCUGUAUUGUAUAACAGUGUAUCAUGAUGACAUUCACACGGCUAAUACUACUACAUACACAUUUGUUUUUGCAUUACACAAUUAUUUAUCUAUUAAAUGACGCUUUCGAAAGAACAUAUUUUAUGAAAUUUGUUGGUAGAGCAAUUGGAAAUAAGUAUUUGUAAAUCGAAUAUAGAACUGCUAUGAAUAACAUGACUUUCAAUCUUGAAAAUACUUUAUUCGAGCUUUCGCCAGCUUUCAGUUGGCAUCAUCAGGAAUGUAAUAGACAUUCGAACAAACGAUGGUAUAAAAAGAAGCGAAUAGAUAAGAAGGAUAGAACAGAAAAAGAAAAAUAACUCAAGGAGAACUUGUAGUUGGCAUAGCUGCA